CAUUUGGUCUGCCAUCCAAUGAACUGCAACAUGUACUCCAAAAUCGUCAUCCUGAGCGUUUUGGUGGCGGUCUGCCAUGCCGGCAUCAUCGUUGACGACGGCAGAACGCACGCCAUCUCUUCCCAGAGCCUUCACCAACACGACCAGCCGACCCACCACGUGACCGCGCACUUCACCCCCGUCGUUCAACACCAGAACAUCUUGGAGCAUGCCCCUACGCUGCUUCAUCAGACCUCGUUCUUAGAUCACGGGCCAGUGGUGCAUGCGACGCCUCUGGUCCACCACGUGACUCCAGUCGUGCAACACGUUGCCCAGCCUGUUGUUCAACAUGUGGCGCCGGCUGUCCACGCUCCGUUGGUGCAACAUGUGUCUCCAGUCGCCGUCGCUGUCGGCCGCGCUGAUCAGGAGGAGCAUGCCCCCGUAAAGUAUGAGUUCUCAUACUCCGUGGAGGACCCUACCACCGGCGACCACAAGUCACACCGCGAGAGCCGCGACGGUGACCUAGUGAGAGGCGAGUACUCUCUUCUGCAGCCUGAUGGCUCCAUCCGCAAGGUCGAAUACACUGCUGACGAUCACUCUGGCUUCAACGCCGUCGUGAGCAACUCUGCGCCCACGCACGCUGCGCAGGAGGCGCACGCGCCGGUUCACGCAACGCCAUACCACCAUUAA